AUGGCAUAUCGCCGGCUGUCUGAUGGCGGGGAAGGUAUCGAUGAACACGAUCGUUCCAUCAUAGAAACUUGCCUAGACUUGGAGUCCGAUAUGGGGCUUCUGGAGCAAAGAGUGACUUCUAGUUCUACAACUGACGCGUCAGCCAGGCUAACAGAGUUAGUUUCAAUGCUAUCAGGUGCCGCCGCUGCGACGGGAUCCGUAGAAGGUCGUCUUCUUCCCGGUGAAGGGGAGGCGCAUUCAAGGGAACAGUUGCUAGAGGACCAAAGUGGUUCUGAGCAUGAGGGUGGUGGUCCGGUGGGCCUGCAUACUUCUUCAAUGCAAGCACUUGAAGAGCGCGGUGAAUUCAUCAGUGGUGUUCUCCCAUCUCUGGACCCAGACUCCUGGAUGGAUGCAAUCCCAAGCAUCCAGUCUCAGCCUGAAGACGAGGAAAUAAGGGAGAGUUCCUGGAUUCCUGGAGACGAGGGAGAGGCUGAACUGGCGUCUACAUCACUUUUAUCGAAGGACGGGCAUACUGAGGAUCCCGGAAAUCAAUAUGUGCCAGGGGAUAUUCGAACUCACCCGUAUGUUCGGCUUCCAGUGUUGGAGAAACGUGUCUUCCCUCGGUACAUCCGGGUAUCAAACCUCUUUGUGCGACGGUCAUGGAGGUUUUCCCCUAAUAGCUGCCUGUUGACGUUGCGGCACUUAUUUGCAAAGGAGACCCUGAACCAGAAGGACGCCGACAUGGUAAUGAAUGCCGUCGAGCGGCUAGUAACCAUAUGUUGGCUUCGGAGCUCCAGACCGCCGAGGCGUCUCAAUCCACUUUGCGUUGUCGAAUUGUUAGGUUAUUAUUUCAUGGCGUUCGAUGCCAUCGUGUGUGCUAUUGAACUUUUUAAGGAUUCUAUGUUGCUUUAUCGUUGGUGGGAUAAAUUCACAGCGCGCUUCCACUUGGAUUUACCUGCGACCCCUCCAUGGGUAAGUUUUACCCCAUUGGCGGCAUAUAACAGGGAAUUGAUUCUGCGCCUAAUCCGUGCCUUGAAAAUUUACAGGACUGGAAAGCGCCCCCCACUGGCUGAAGUUGUUGCUCUUAAAAGGCUGCUAUUCUGCUCUCCACACGGGCGCCACAGAUUAAAAGGUCCGAAAUGGGAUCCCUGGCGAAAAGAUGGAAUGUGUCCUUAA